GUGCAUAUGGAACUGGUGUGGCCAGCUGGCAAGGUUAUGAAAACUACAAUUAUUAUGGUGCCCAGAACACCAGCGUCACCACAGCAGCAACCUACAGCUACGGCCCAGCCUCCUGGGAAGCCACCAAGGCUGGUGAUGGCCUGGCGCCUGGGGGCCCUGCCAUACAUAUGGCUUCUUAUGGCCCAGAGCCAUGCACUGACAAUUCUGACUCGCUCAUUGCCAAGAUCAACCAACGUCUAGACAUGAUGUCCAAGGAAGGAGGCAGGGGUGGGAGCAGCACCGGUGGGGAGGGCAUGCAGGACCGGGAGAGUUCCUUCCGCUUCCAGUCAUUUGACUCCUACGACUCCAGGCCUUGUCUGCCUGAGCACAAUCCCUACCGUCCCAGCUAUAGCUACAACUAUGACUUUGACCUGGGACCUGACCGCAAUGGUGGCUUUGGCAGUCAGUACAGUGACUGUCGGGACCCUGCCCGGGAGCCCCGCUCACUCGAUGGCUUCAUGCGGGGCCGGGAUCAGGGCCGCUUUCAGGACCGGAGCAACGCUGGCACCUUUAUGCGCACUGACCCCUUCAUGACAUCAGCGGCCUCCUCCCAACCACUGUCUGCUCCCUGGACAGAAAUGAACUACGUGGGUGGACGGGGCCUGGGAGGCCCCUCUCCCAGCAGGCCCCCACCUUCCCUCUUCUCCCAGUCCAUGGCCCCCCAGUCCAUGGCCCCCAACUAUGGAGUGAUGGGCAUGCAGGGGGCUGGAGGUUAUGACAACUCCGUGCCCUACAGAUGUGGCCAGUCACAGACCCGGAUGAGGGAUCGGCCCAGGUGGAGAGGGUUUGACCGCUGCGGCCCAGAUGGCAUGGGCAGGAAACGGAAGCAGUUGCAAAUCUAUGAUGAGCCGGAUGCCAAACAGGCCCGGGCUGACAGCGAAGGAGAUUUUUCCGAAAAUGAUGAUGGAGCUGGUGACUUCCGGUCAGGAGAUGAAGAAUUCAGGGGAGAGGACGAAUUCUUGGACUCCGGGAGGCAGAGAGAGAAGGAUGACGAGGAUGAUGAAGUGAAGAAGAGGAAGGAGAAGCAAAGGAGAAGAGACAGGUUGCGAGACCGAGCAGCUGACAGGAUUCAAUUUGCCUGUUCCGUGUGCAAAUUUCGUAGCUUUGAAGAUGAAGAAAUCCAGAAGCAUCUGCAAAGCAAAUUUCACAAAGAGACACUGCGGUUUAUAAGCACCAAACUGCCUGACAAGACGGUGGAGUUCCUUCAGGAAUACAUUGUAAACAGGAAUAAGAAGAUUGAGAAGCGACGUCAGGAACUGAUGGAGAAGGAAAGCACAAAACCAAAACCAGAUCCUUUCAAAGGGAUUGGCCAAGAGCACUUCUUCAAGAAGAUCGAGGCUGCUCACUGCUUGGCUUGCGACAUGCUGAUCCCUGCGCAGCACCAGCUCCUCCAACGGCACCUGCACUCUGUGGAUCACAAUCACAACCGCCGGUUGGCUGCUGAACAGUUCAAGAAAACAAGUCUCCAUGUGGCUAAGAGUGUUUUGAACAACAGACAUAUAGUGAAGAUGCUGGAAAAAUACCUCAAGGUUAGGAGUCCAAUGGAUGGGAAAAGCUUUCGGAAUGGAGAAAGAACUAUGAGUGUGGAACUGUAUCUCCAGUGCAGUGCUUAGGAUUUCUGAGUCUUUUGAACUGAGGGAUGUUGUAAUGUAUCGGGCUUGGGAGUUCCACAACUGGAUUUCCCGAGUCCGAGUGCUUGCUUGAGAACUCUGGGAUGUGGUUCUGCUCGAUUAAUCUGUACAAUAGUGUUGAUUCUCUACAUGAGAAACCUUGACUAUCCAUAAAAUACUGAGCAAAUGAUGGUGAGAUGCUUAAAAAGAAACAUAUCCAAGGUAGGUAAUUGUCCAAGAAAGAAGCUAAAAUGAGGUUUUGCUGGCAGAUCCAACUGAAUAAAAUGGAGGAUCAAGGCGCAGAGAAGAGCCAGAGGUGCCUCAGCCACUGAGCCAUAGUGACAGGAGCCGAGUAACAAAAAGUCCCAAAGAAGGGUGCCUGGGAGAGAAGUUGGAAGAGCCCCCCUGGUUCCUCCUUGGGAAGCCCGUUUCCUAAAUGCUCAGUCCCAUGACUUUAACUUCUAAAGGCUGGUAGCUAAGCUGUAGCAUAGCCUGGCUAGGACCUGUUUGCCCUCCUCUCAGUUAUUAAAUGGUUCAAUACCGAAGGGGUGGGGGUUCGAUUCCCCGUCAAGGGCGUGUACCCGAGUUGUUCCCCACCUGGUCUGGGUGCCUGCGGAAGGCAGCCGGUCGAUGUGUCUCUCUCACGUUGAUGGUUUUCCCUCUCCUCCCUUCCCCCUCUCCCCAUCUCCCCCCUCCUCCUCUCCUCUUCCCCCCUCCCUCUUUUUCCCUCUCUCCCUCCCUUCCUCCCUUCCAUUCUGAAAGCAAUGGAAAAAAUAUCCUCAGGUGAGGAUUAACCAAAAGGAAAAAAGUACAAAAUAGUUCUAGUGAAGCUUUUCGGAGAUGUCUUUUCUGCAUCUAUA